AUGUUAUCGGAAGAUAUUUUGAGCAAAGUUCGCCACAAUGAAAGUCGCUUAGGUUCAAAUUCUGCUAAGAAAAGAAAGAUAAAACCUUUCAAAGGCACCGAAGCAAACGAGUGUACCAACUUCUACAUUACUCCCGAAAACACAGUCAAGGAUUUGGGACAGAGGCUAAUAGAUGGACAUUAUAUCUUCAUAGAAGGGCUUCGCCAAAGUGGAAAGACGACAUCUAUUAUAGCAACAGCAAACUAUGUCCAAAGGAAAUCAAAUGAUAACGAAUUUCCUGUUCCCAAUCUCGAGAUUUAUGUUGUCACAUUCAGCGUUGGACUUGAUAUCAAUAACGGUAAGAAUGCUUUUUGGAAGUCUGUAUGCAAAAUAUUUCGAGCCAGGAAUAGGAAACAGUUUUCUUUUGACGAUACAAAAGAGUGUACAGCGGACAUUUUUUUGAGUUUCUUUGAAAGAGGUAAAUCGCCACCCAUUUCUUUCAUCAUUGACGAAUUUUCUAAUCUUUUUGGUAAGAAUUCUGCAAUUAUUGAAGAAUUCGUCAAUACGUUGCAGUUUCUCAAGAACCGCUUAGCUUAUUGUGUACACUCAUUUGCACUAGUGGGAGUUGGUCAGUUUCCAAUUCAAACUGAGCUUACAUCUAGUAGUAUUAUCAUUCCGGCUUUUUUUAAUGAAGAAGAGAUCGAAAUGCUUCUGAGUGAAUACAGAAAUCAAUACGGACUUAAACUCGACAUAAAACGGAUUGCUGAAGACAUUUUUGAACGCACUAAGGGGUAUAAAGGUUUUGUUGGUGCUUGUUGUAAAGCAAUUGAAACGGAGGUUAUGGUGAAUGAGAAUGAGCUAUUGUACGACCACUGGAUGAGGUACUCCUCAACCAGAUUAAUAAAAUUCAUUAAAGAACUGGGCACGUAUAGAUCUAUUUUUCGAGCCAUCAAGCAACUUUCAUCAAAACAGACAGAUAUUGUUGGGAUGGUCCUCCGUUAUGGAUCUUACAGUUAUAAGUGUGAUUAUGAUGACAAUGAGCUAUAUCAACUCUUUGCGGAAGGGAUUGUUAUUUCUAGGACAACAAAUGAGAUUUAUAUAGAAUUAGAAUGUUCUUCGCCAAUCCUUCGUAGUAUAAUGCUUUCAAUGAUAUAUGGUCCUGAAUUUGAUAUAACAAGCCCACCUCAAGCGAAGGAUGAAAUUGAUGUCCGAUGGUUAUUAGAAAACACCAUUGAAAACCUCGCCAUUCAACACAUCUUCGUACAACAGGCUCUUAAUGUUGAUGGUAAUCCAUCCGAAUAUGCAUUUCAAGCCGAAUUUGCCACCGUUCUCAAAUAUUUACUAUCCAAUGUUUAUCCAGCUUUACAGUACCGAGUAAUCGUUGAGGCCAAAGAACGUGAUGUUAAUGCCAAUAAGAAAAAUUUUGAUGAACAUUUAGUUCGUGCCAAUUAUUACAACAAUCUACAUGGAUGUUCCAUGUACAUGAUUAACCUCUGUACCACCAAUAACAAGUUAACUGAUAAUUUUGGAUCAGAAUAUCCAGAAGUGACUCUCGUUCACAUAAUAUAUGAUAUAAGUAAAGGAAUGGCAGACAUAAUAUAUGAAGAUUGUAGAAAAUCUUUAACAAUCAAACGUUCUGCAUGGAAAGUG